AUGGGCUGCCCGCGGCCCCUUGCCUCCCUCUUCUUCCUAUGUGCCUUGCUGCUCGGCAGUUUCUGCAACAAAGCAAACAAGCACAAACCCUGGAUUGAGGCUGAAUACCAGGGCAUCGUCAUGGAGAAUGAUAACACAGUCCUGCUCAACCCACCGCUAUUUGCUCUGGACAAGGAUGCACCACUGCGCUAUGCAGGUGAGAUCUGCGGCUUUCGGAUCCAUGGGGCAGGGGUGCCCUUUGAAGCUGUGAUCCUCGACAAGGCCACGGGUGAGGGGCUGAUCCGAGCCAAGGAGCCGAUGGACUGCGAAGCGCACAAGGAGCACACCUUCACCAUCCAAGCAUACGACUGUGGAGAGGGACCUGAUGGGACCAACACCAAGAAAUCCCACAAGGCCACCGUGCACGUGCGGGUGAAUGACGUGAAUGAGUUUGCUCCGGUCUUUGUGGAGAAGUUAUACCGUGUGGCGGUGACCGAGGGGAAACUCUAUGACCGCAUCCUGCGGGUGGAGGCUAUUGACGGAGACUGCUCCCCCCAGUACAGCCAGAUUUGCUACUAUGAGAUCCUCACCCCCAACAUCCCCUUCCUGAUUGACAAUGAUGGGAACAUUGAGAACACAGAGAAGCUGCAAUACAGUGGAGAGCACCUAUACAAGUUCACAGUCACAGCCUACGAUUGUGGCAAGAAGCGGGCAUCUGAUGAUGCUGAAGUGGAGAUCCAAGUGAAGCCCACUUGCAAACCCAGCUGGCAGGGCUGGAAUAAGCGGAUUGAGUACACGCCAGGUGCAGGUAGUCUGGCACUGUUUCCCAGCAUCCACCUGGAGACAUGUGAUGAGCCGCUGUGGAACAUCCAAGCUACAGUGGAGCUGCAGACAAACCACGUGGCCAAGGGGUGUGACCGUGACAACUACUCGGAGAAGUCGCUGCGCAAACUCUGUGGUGCUGCCUCAGGUGAGGUUGACCUGCUGCCUGUGCCCAGCCCCCUUGCCAACUGGACGGCACGGCUCUCAGUGCAUUACAGCCAGGACAGUAGCCUCAUCUACUGGUUCAAUGGCAGCCAGGUGGCCCAGGUGCCUGUGGGCAGUGGGAUGGGUGCUCACGAGGGGCUCAGUGACCACUUCACCCUGUCGCUGUGGAUGAAACAUGCUGUGGUGCCUGGAAAGGGCAAGAAGGAGGAGGAGACCGUGAUCUGCAGUACGGUGCAGAGUGAGGAUGGCUACUCUCACUACUCCCUGGCUGUGCAUGGCUGCCGAAUUGCUUUCCUAUAUUGGCCUUUGCUGGAGAGUGCGAGACCUGUCAAAUUUCUGUGGAAGCUGGAGCAGGUCUGUGAUGAUGAAUGGCACCAUUAUGCUCUCAACCUGGAGUUCCCCACCGUCACGCUCUAUGUGGAUGGUGUGUCCUACGACCCCGCGCUCAUCCAUGACAAUGGCCUCAUCCAUCCCCCAAGGCGGGAACUUUCCCUCAUGAUCGGAGCCUGCUGGGUUGAGGAAAAAAACAAAGAGAAAAUCAGAGGGAACGAGAACUCCACAGAUCCUACGCAAGGAGACCCUCUGCUGAUUCACCACUACUUCCAUGGUUACCUGGCUGGCUUCACCAUGCGCCCCGGCAGCCUGGAGAGCCGGGAGGUGAUUGAGUGCCUCUACGCCUGCCGUGAGGGGCUUGACUACAGUGACUUUGACAGCCUUGGCAAAGGGAUGAAGGUUCAUGUUAAUCCCUCACAGUCCCUGCUCACACUGGAGGGUGAUGAUGUGGAAACCUUCAACCACGCAAUCCAGCAUGUGGUUUACAUGAACUCGCUGCGCUUUGCCACGCCUGGAGUCCGGCCGCUCAAGCUCACCACCACUGUCAAAUGCUUCAGUGAAGAAUCAUGCGUCUCCAUCCCUGAUGUGGAAGGCUACGUGGUGGUGCUGCAACCUGAUGCCCCCCAGAUCCUGCUGAGUGGUAAUGCUCACUUUGCUCGUCCUGCAUCAGACUUUGAGAACCCUGAUGGGGUCCCCCUGUUCCCUGACCUCCAGGUCACCUGCUCCAUCUCUCACCAGGUGAAGGCCAAGAAGGAUGAGAGCUGGCAUGGCACGGUGACAGACACACGAAUGUCAGAUGAGAUUGUCCACAACCUGGAUGGCUGCGAGAUCUCCCUGGUGGGAGAUGACCUGGACCCAGAGAGGGAAUACCUGAUCCUGGAUGGAGCAUUCCUGCAGCAGCGGGGCCUGGAGCUCAUCAACACCUCUGCCUACUUCACCAUCACAGGCGUGGAGAGCAUUGCAGUAUAUGAGGAGAUCCUCCGCCAGGUCUCAUACCGCAUCCGCCAUGGCGCUGCCCUCUAUGAGAGGAAAUUCCGCCUUUCCUGCACCGAGAUGAAUGGACGCUACUCCAGCAACGAGUUUACUGUUGAGGUGAACGUCCUCCACAAUAUGAACCGGGCUGCUCAUCCUAACCACAUCCUCAGCUCCCAGCAAUUCAUGCACCAAGGUCACCACCUACCACCAGAACUAUCUGGGCACAGCCUGGCCAAUGUCCAUCGCAACUCCAUGGUCCCCAGCGCAGCCACCACCAUCAUCGUGGUGUGUGUGGGCUUCUUGGCACUCAUGGUCAUCCUGGGCAUCCUGCGCAUCCACUCCCUGCACCACCGGGGGGCUGGGCACAAGGCCCCAGGGACUGCCGGGGGAGGCCAUGCAGGAGCCAGCAGCAAGGAGAGCGACAUGUUCUGGGAUGACUCAGCCCUCACCAUUAUCGUCAACCCCAUGGAGUGCCACUUGAUAGAGCUGAUGGAAGAAAAGAUCCGAGGAUUGGAGAUGCAGGUAGAAACUCUGGUCGAGUUUAGAAGGGGAUUCGAGCAGAUGAUGGAGCAAAGACAUGAGGAGGCUGAAGGAAAAAGCUCAGACUUGCAGAUGGAAACAGGACCAAAGAAUUCUGAGGGGAGACUGCUGGUCAUACCAAAGCUGCCAGGAGAGGGCAGCAGAGAGUGGGGAGACCAGAGCUGUAGAGGAAGUGGAGGAGGAGGAGGAGAAUGAUGACAGCAGUGACUCAGACACACCGGACACCCCAGGCAGUGAUGAUGGAGAUGACCAGCGCAUCGUGGGCAAAAGAGAUGGCCCCUGCUGCUACUAGG